AUGAUUCUUGAAGACGAAGGAAGAGCGAUAUGCCGAUAUAAUGAAAAUGAAGUUUUGCCAAAUGUCGAAGGAGUAGCCGUUGGUACACAAGAGUAUAGGGUGAACAAAAGAGAAGUACACAAUCGCGACCUUCAUCAGGCCCUUCGUGCUGAUUUGGUGGAGAACAUUUAUAGGGCUCAUGUUCAACCAUCGCAAGAGUUAUUUUACGAUGAUAAUUUGUUUGACGAAUCAGACGAGGAUUCUGAUAUGUUUGUCGAGAGUGAAGAUUCCGAAGACGAGAGUGACGCUGGGGAGAAUGAUGCAGGUGAUGUAGGCGAGGACGAAGACGCUGAUUCCGAGUGA